AUGAAGACGGUGGUUCUCUUUACCUGUAUGGCAAACAAGCCUCGCGAUUGGCCAAGGAGAGUCAUUAGUAUUUUGGGUUUUGACGAUCGCCCUGAAAAACCAUGGAAAAGUCAUUGGAAGGAUGGUUAUACGUUUGAAGAGAUGGUAGCUGCCUUCAUAGAGGGAUCCAAGACCCUGCUUACCGAGGUGACUGGCUCCACCCCACGAGAACAAUUUGAGUACACAGUUAUGAUUCAUGAUUGGGGGUCCCAAUAG